AUGUCAAAUAUUGCCUUGAGAAAGUCUUCUGGAAAUGAUGUGAAGAGUACUCCUCUGGGGACUGCAUUGAGACAACAAGGUUUUCAUGAAGUGAACAAGCGGAGGACCUUCUUACAGGAUAGUAGCUGGAUAAAGAAGCGCCCAGAAGAAGAAAAAGAUGAAAACUAUGGCAGAGUGGUGCUCAAUCGACAUGCUUCCCAUGAGGACUUAGACAGGAGCAAAAAUGAAAAGAAUGAGGAGAAAGUCACAAUUACUCGGUACAGAUCUGAUGAUACCUUAGACAGGAUUUCAGACAGAAAUGAUGCUGCUAAAACUUAUAAGGCCAAUACCUUGGAUAACCGACUAACUAAUAGAGGCUUGUCCACAUUCAGAACACCAGAAGCAACAAAGCCACCACCUGGAACUUCUUUGAAAACCAGCACCACUACAAGUACUGCUGCUGCUGCUGCCCCUCCCGCUGUGGCCGCCCCUCCCGUCCCAACUCCAGUAAAGAAAAAGAGACAAUCCUGGUUUCCUCCACCACCUCCAGGGUAUAAUGCCACCCAGAAUGCAGUGGGAAGCAGAAGGGAACCAACUACUCUGCCCCUAACACUUCCAAGGCCUUAUUCUCCAGUUCCAUCACCUCCACAGGCACGACAGGAUAACAGAAAACAAGAUCUGGAUGACAUCAGCAGAGUGGAUGCUGGGAAAAAUGAUAAAGGAAGUCAGGACCUGGAUAAUCUCAUCAAAAUGAACAAAAACAUGAAUAGGAACCAAGGCUUGGAUGGCAUUUUCAGAACAAAUCCUAAGGCAGAACAAACUGAUAAAAAAAAUCAAGAGCUUGAUAAUCUCAUUAAAGUGAAUCCCAGAACUGACAAAAAUGGCAAAGGAAAUGAAAAUCUUGACGAUAUGAUUAAAGUGAAGGCCAGGAAUGAUGAAAAUGGAAAAGGAAACCAAAACCUUGACACACUCAUCAAUGUGACCCCUCAUAAGGACAAAGAUGACAAAGGAAACCAAGGCCUUGAAAACCUAAUUAAAGUGAAUCACACAGCAGACAGAAAUGGCCAAAAAAGCCAAGACUUUGACAGCAUCAUCAAAGUGAAUGCCAAGAUGGAUAAAAAUGGAAAAGGAGAUCAAGCUCUGGAUAGUCUCAUCAAAGUGAAACCCAAUCAGAAUGAAAAUAUCACUGGAAAACAAGAUCUUGAUAGUGUCAUCAAAGUGAACACUGAAAGAAACCAAAAUACCCAGAGGUGUCAAGAACUUGACAGUUACAUCAAAGAGAAUCCCUCAGCAAACAGAAAUAUUCCAGGGGGCUCAAACCUGGACAAUCUAAUCAAAGUGAAUCCUGCAACCCACAGUAAUAACCAGGGGACCCAAGAUCUUGAUAAUCUCAUCAAAGUAAAUCCAAGAACAGGAAAAGGUGAUCAGGGAAACCAAGACUUGGAUAAUCUUAUCAAGGUGAACCGAACUACAAACAAACCUACCCCAGGGGGAGAAGGUCUUGAUGAUUUCAUCAGUGUGAAUCCCAAAGCUAUCAAGAGGACCACAGGAGACCAAGAUCUUGACAAUUUCAUCAAAGUUAAUCCUGAAACCCUCAAAAACAAUCAGAGAAACCAAGAUGAUCUUGAUAAAUUCAUCAAAGUGACUCCUGAAGUUCUCAGAAACAGUCAGAGGAGCCAAGACCUGGAUAGAUUUAUUAAAGUGAAUCCAACAACUUUCAGAAACAGCAAGAGAGACCAGGACCUUGACAAUCACAUUGAAGUAAAUUCUGAUGGAUAUAACAAGAAGACUCAAGGAGACCUUACCGAUCUCAUAGAUGUAAACCCCAACACAUGCAAUAGUGCAGAGUUGCUAGAGGAACAUACCAAUGUAUCUACCAAUGCCCAAAACAACCAGUCCAGCAUAAUAAACACAGCCUAUUCUCAUGAAACCAGGACAUCUUCCAGCUAUAAUACUCGAACCAGGUACUCAAGUCCAAAGGACAGUGUUGUGUACACAAGGACAUAUGUGGAUAAUAGCAAAUACCCAAAGGAUGGCUAUGAAGAAAGCGUCACUGGAAAAUAUAUACAAACAGUUUAUUCAACCUCUGAUAGGUCUAUUAUUGAAAAGGAUAUGUGUACCUAUUGCCGAAAGCCCCUGGGCUCAAAUACCAAAAUGAUCUUGGAUGAGUUACAGAUUUGCUGUCAUUCUACUUGUUUCAAAUGUGAAAUUUGUAAAAAGCCUUUGGAAAACCUGGAAGCUGGUGAUAGUAUUUGGAUCUAUAAACAUACUGUACACUGUGAGCCUUGCUACUCCAAGGUUGUAGGCACCUGGGCAGAGGUUCUCGCGUGCUCGUUUCCGUUCUCGCCACCUAGACCCCUAGCUGGGGAUCCGGCGCCGCCCUUUCACAGUUCACAGUUCCCUCUCAUCAAAGCGCAUCCCCCAACCGCUCCCACGCCACGCCACGCCCCCCACCCCCACCCGGCCCCCGCAAAAACCCGGAGCCGCGGAGCCCUGCUCUUGAAAGCCCUGUGGGACUGGAGGGGGCUCCAGUGA